AUGUGGAAGCUGGCAGGUCUAUUCCCUCACAUAACCAGUUCCUUUAAAAAAUCAGUUGAUGUCAAGCACAGAGUGGCACACCAAAUUCUGUCUGCUGAUUUUUCUCCAGCACCUCCAGAUUAUGAAAAACCAUAUGUGAGAAUUAAAAAGCCAGCCUUUGAGAAACUGAUGAGCUGUAAUCGACGAAGGACAGAUUACCUGAGGCGUCUUCCGGAACACUAUAAUUCUGCGAGCAAGGUUGGCUCAUCUGAAGACUCAGAUGCUGAUCAAUACUACGUUUAUAGUCUGGGAGGACCGUUAGAGCCAUUUAGCUGAGUCGGAAAACGAAGCCACAAAGCUGGAAGCCUGGAGUUUGUUUAAUUGACGACUUUGAGGUAUGAGAGGGCCCGGGAAUCUGUGGACUUUGGCAGGCUGGCUUUCUUGGACACUUCCCUGGGCUUCAAAAGCCUUCAUCCUUCAAGUUUUGUUCUCUUUAAUUGGAAGAGGGGACAGAAGUUAUCGUUCUAGCACUUAUUAAAUUUUCCUUUAAAAUAACUACUUGGAACCACACAUCUCUGCAAGAAUCACAGAAAUGGUGGUGCGUCCCCGACAGCUGUGGGCUCCACAGUCAAAGAGUCAGUCCCUUCCAUCUGGGAGUCCGGCCGGGGCGGGGCGCAGCGCAAGGGCGUGAGAAAGACUUUUUUGUAUUCAGAGCAAUGGUCCCGCGCAUCACUAGCCAGGUUGUCCUGCGCCCGAGGCGCCGCUGG